AUGAUUUGGCAUAAACCAACUGAUGAGCAAUUACAAAAGUAUAGGAAGGGCUGUCAAAUUCGAAAAAUGAGGAAUCCCGCGAUUCAAAUACAGCAACCGGAAAAAUAUACAAUUGACACGCUUCAGAAUGUUUCUGAGUUGCAAUUAACACAAAAUAAUCCGAUGCUUGAAAUGAUUAACGCGGAAAAAAAGUGUAAUGAUUUGAGAUUGGUUAGGGAAAUUGAGAAACGUAGCAAAGAGGCUCAAGUUCAAAACUUGCUCGAGAAACUUUAUAGUUUCCAAGACAAUGAUUUUCCGACAUAUCAUGCCUAUGAUUCUAUCAUUAAGUCCGAUUCUUUGGUGCAUAGAUUUAAAAUUGUAGCUUGCCCAUUACAUUGUGGCGAUUUUUAUAAAAAUGUUUGCACUGGUCUGUCGCAGUAUUUAAACAUAUCUCAAGAGUCUACUGGCCAAUCACAGACACAGGUUUGGUUUGCCGAAAGAUUCGUUAGAAUCACCUCCAGUCAGAGAGCACAUCAAAUCAAGACCAGAAGAACAAAUUUAGAGGGACUGGCAAAACAAUUUAUAAACCAAUCAUUUAAAGGUGCAUUAACACCAGAUAUGCGUUACGGCAUAGAAAUGGAACCAAACGCCGCAUCAAAAUUUGAAGAGUUGACAGGACUAGCAGUUCAUCGCGUUGGUUUAAUAAUAUCAAAAAAGCAACCAUUUUUAGCAUGUAGUCCUGAUGGCAUUAUUGACAAUCAUGGCAUUUUUGAGUUAUUGGAAAUCAAAUGUCCGAGUAGUUGCAAAGAUUCAAAAAUAAUUGAUUUAGAAGCACGUCAAAUUAAAGUACCGUAUUUAAUUUUUGAGAAUGAUAGUGGAAAUGAGAUUACGCUCAAAAGAGUUGAUAAAUAUUUUACUCAAGUACAAGUUUCCUUAUAUGUACUUGGUUUGAAUUCCUGUCAUUUCUUUGUUUAUUCAUUAGAAGAUCAUGUGCACAUUAUUAUUCAAAGAGAUGAACAAUUUUUGAGUGAAGUGAUACCAAAAAUUGAAAAUUUUUACUUCAAAUAUUUCAUUACUUUGCUGAAAACCAAUCAUUUUUUUAUUAGCGGUUCUUUGUUAUUAGCUAAUACACAAGCCAUGAAUAUAAUGUCAUCAAUAUUAUCCAAUAAUUCAAUAUAAAUGUGCUCUAAAAUUUUAAAGAUUUUUAUCCUCUGAAUUGCUCUUUCCACGUGAAUUCGAACAGAGGCUAUCGAGUACCCACGAAGAACUUCUUCACGAGAAAAUUGUGGAUUAUAUGCGAAUGGUGGCAUUAUUAAUACUGAUUGACGUUUCAAUAGUUCACUAUUUAUUUGUGGAAACCCUUUAUCUGCCAGAAUUUGAUCGCCAGCUUCAAUUAAAUUCAGAAAGCCGGAGUCGUUGGAUAUGAAUCCAUCAGUAGCCUUUCCUCCAUACGCAUUUGACACAAAAGUAAUCAUACCUGAUGGACUGAUUGCAAUCAAAAAUUUUACUGUAAAAUGAGAUUUAUAACUGGAAUACAUUAGGACUCUCUGUUCAACUGUGGGUGGCGUAUCGGUACGAAGUUCAGUGCAAUCAAUUAUUGCUCGACAGUUCGGAUAAUUUAAGAAACUUUUAGGUAAUGUUUCUUUUACCGCAUCUUUUGACGGCCAAAAUAUCCAAGUUCUGGUCUUUGCAACUAGCGUUUUUAAAACGCUUGAGAAAAUACAUGCUGCAGUUGUAUGAGAUACAUUGAACAAGCACCCAAUUACAGCAAAAGGUAAUCCAAGUUUCAUCUUCAUCAAAAAUAUUAGAAGCCUAUUUUCCGCAGAUACUUUCUUAAAAAAUGCAGGUUGACCUUCUUCCCCUGGUACAAUAAAUUUCAGCAGUAUAUGAAAAAAA